UUAAACGAAAAAUCCAUCAAAAAUGAUCAAGAUAAAGCAAUUAGAACAAGAACUACAACAAUUGUCAACAUUUGAUCAACCCAAUAUCCUUUUAGAACAAUAUGCAACAUCUCCACACAUUGCCUCUCGCAUGUUAUAUGUGGCUCAAAAUCAAUAUGAAGAUAUUCAGGAUUGUCUUGUUGCAGACUUGGGAGCUGGUUGUGGUGUAUUAUCAAUAGGAGCUUUAAUGCUUGGAGCUGGACAUGUAACUGCAUUUGAAAUUGAUCAAAAUGCUAUUGAUACAAUUCUUGAAAAUUGUGAAGAUGAAGAAGUUGCAAUGGAUAUUAUUAACUGUGAUGUAAUUAAAUUGUUGCCUGGUAGAUUUGAAAAACAUUUUGACACCGUAGUUAUGAACCCUCCGUUUGGGACCAAACAUAAUGCUGGAAUAGAUAUGAAAUUUUUAGAAAUUGCAGCUGCAAUCAGUAACAACGCAAUUUACUCUCUGCAUAAAACUUCAACUCGAGCACAUGUGUUGAAAAAAGGAGAACAGCUCGGUUUACAUGCUAAAGUUGUAGCAGAAUUAAGAUAUGAUUUACCCAGUACAUAUAAGUUUCAUAAAAAGAAAUCAGUUGACAUAGAAGUAGACUUUAUACGAUUUUCAACAAAGAAAGAAUCUUGACUCAUGAAAAAAAAGUUUUUCUAGUGUAUAUAUGAUUUAUUAAAUAUUUUUAAUAUUAAA